CUGGGUGUGCGCGUUAUGGCGCCGGUACCGCGCUCGCGUACUUUUCCGCUUGGCCCCUGAAAGUUUCGAGUCUGUCCGGCCGUGGACCCGCAAGCGCGUACCACCAUGGAGUCUGACCACUGCUGACCAAACAGCCACCGAGGGCUGAAGUUCUAAGCUUCUCUCCGCACCCAGGCAGGGGGCACAGAGCCAGGAAAGGCGGACUCAGCAUGGCUUCCACCAGCGCAGAGAGCCAGCUCCAGAGAAUCAUCCGAGAUUUGCAAGGUGCUGUGACAGAACUAAGCAAAGAAUUUAAGGAAGCAGGAGAACCCGUCACAGAUGACAGCACCAGCUUGCAUAAGUUUUCUUAUAAACUUGAGUAUCUCCUGCAAUUCGAUCAGAAAGAGAAGGCCACCCUCCUGGGCAACAAGAAGGACUACUGGGAUUACUUCUGUGCCUGCCUGGCCAAGGUGAAAGGAGCCAAUGAUGGGAUUCGAUUCGUCAAGUCUAUCUCAGAGCUCCGAACAUCUCUGGGGAAAGGAAGAGCAUUUAUUCGCUAUUCCUUGGUGCACCAGAGGUUGGCAGACACCUUACAGCAGUGCUUCAUGAACACCAAAGUGACCAGUGACUGGUACUAUGCAAGAAGCCCCUUUCUGCAGCCAAAGCUGAGCUCUGACAUUGUGGGUCAGCUCUACGAGCUGACGGAGGUACAGUUUGACCUGGCAUCGAGGGGCUACGACUUGGAUGCUGCCUGGCCGACAUUCGCCAGGAGGACACUGGCCACUGGCUCUUCCGCUUACCUGUGGAAACCCCCCAGCCGCAGCUCCAGCAUGAGCAGUUUGGUGAGCAGCUACCUGCAGACUCAGGAGAUGGCCUCCAACUUUGACCUGAACAGUCCCCUGAACAACGAGGCACUGGAGGGCUUUGACGAGAUGCGGGUGGAGCUGGACCAGCUGGAGGUACGGGAGAAGCAGCUGCAGGAGCGCGUGCAGCAGCUGGACAGAGAGAACCAGGAGCUGAGGGCAGCCGUCAGCCUGCAGAGGGAGCAGCUGCAGAUGGAGGGAGAGAGAGGAUGCGCCCCAGCAGAAGACAGCAUUCGCCUCACUUGCAUGGCGGCCGAGCUCCAGAAGCAGUGGGAGGCCACCCAGAACACGGUGAAGGAGCUGCAGACAUGCCUGCAGGCCCUGGAGCUGGGUGCAGCAGAGAAGAAGGAGGACUACCAUGCAGCCCUACAGCGGCUGGAGUCUGUGCUGCAGCCCCUGGCGCAGGAGCUCGAGGCCACUCGGGACUCACUGGGCAAGAAGAACCGGCAUUUAGCCAGUGUCCCAGACUGGCUGGCUAUGGCUGAGCAGAAGGCAGAUACGGCACCAGACACAAAGGGGCAGCAAGAGCCCAUCCCCAGUGACGCGGCCCUGGAGAUCCAAGAGCUGGGGGAGAAGCUUCGAGCCCUAGAAAGGGAGAAUACCAAGGUCCAGGAGCUCAACAGACAGCAGAGUGCCCAGCUGGAGCAGCUGGCCAAGGAGCUGCAGCUAAAGGCGGAGGCCCAGGCCAGCCUGGAGUGCCUGGUGAAAGAGAUGGCCCCACUCCGGGAAGAGCUGUCUGGGAAAGGGCAGGAGGCAGCCCAGCUCCGGCAACAGCUGCAGGAGUCACUGGCCCACUCGAGCUCCCUGGAGAAGGAACUAGCGGAGGUGAGGCGGGAGGAACAGCGGCAGCAGGAGGAAAAAGAGCUGCUGGAACAGGAGGCCAGGUCUCUGACCCGGCAGCUACAGUUCCUGGAGACCCAGCUGGCACAGGUGAGCCAGCAUGUGAGCGACCUCGAGGAGCAGAAGAAGCAGCUUAUACAGGACAAAGACCACCUGAGCCAGAAGGUGGGGAUGCUGGAGCAGCUUGCUGGGCAGCCAGGCCCAGAGCUGCCCGUGGUGGAUGAGAAGAAUGAGGCUCUGGUCCCUCUGAACUCCACACUGCAACAGGCCUGCGAGAAGCCAGAGGAGGAGCAGAGGGACCUGCAGGAGGAACAGAAGGACAAUACCAAGGUGCAAGGAUGCAGCCAGGAGGAGGAGCUCCGGCAGGCCAACAAGGAGCUGGAGAAGGAGCUGCAGGAGGUGCUUGGGCGCAACCAGCUUCUGGAGAGCAAGCUGCAGGCCCUGCAGACUGAUUACCAGGCACUGCAGCAGCGGGAGGCAGCCAUCCAGGGCUCCCUGGCCUCCCUAGAAGCUGAGCAGGCCAGCAUCCGGAACUUGGGCGAACACAUGGAGGCAAGCCUGCUGGCUAUAAAGAAGGCCAAGGAAACCAUGAGAGCCCAGGUGGCAGAGAAGGAGGCCGCCCUGCAGAGCAAGGAGGACGAGUGCCGGCAGCUGCGGGAGGAGGUGCAGCAGUGCCGGCAGCUGGCGGAGGCCCGGCACAGGGAGCUCAAGACUCUUGAGAACCAGUGCCACCAGCAGAGCCAGCCGAUUGAGGCCCUCACAGCAGAAAAAGACCAGGAGAGGCUUGUUCCCCACCAAGAUGAUGCAACCCAUGAGCUGGCAUCCCAGCAGGCCCUGUCUCAGGCGCAGCUGGAAGUCCAUCAAGGGGAGGCCCAGCGGCUGCAGGCUAAGGUGGUAGACCUCCAGACCAAGCUCUGGGCAGCCCUGGAUGACAGGGACAAGGUACAGAGCCAGCUGAGUGUGGCUGAGGAAGUCCUGAGGGAGCAUAAGACCCUCGUGCAGCAGCUGAAGGAGCAGAAUGAAGCCCUCAACAGGGCCCAUGUCCAGGAGCUGCUGCAGUGCUCAGAGCGUGAAGGGGUGCUGCAGGAGGAGAGGGCCGGUGAGGCUCAGCAAAGGGAGGAGGAGCUGUGGGCCCUGCGGGAGGAGCUGUCCCAGGCAAAGUGUAGCUCCAAGGAAGCCCAGCUGGAGCACGCUGAGCUACAGGAGCAGCUGCACCGGGCCAACACGGACACGGCCGAGCUCGGCAUCCAGGUCUGCGCACUGACUGCAGAGAAGGAGCGGGUGGAGGGGGCUUUGGCCUGUGCUGCCCAGGAGCUCCGGGACUUCAAAGAGGCGGCCUCAAGGGAGCGGGAGGGCCUGGAACGCCAAGUGGCAGGGCUGCAGCGAGAGAAGGAGAGCUUGCGGGAGAAGCUGGAGGCAGCCGAGAAGGCAGCCAGUUUGCUGCCCGGCCUGCAGGCCCAGCUGGCCCAGGCUGAGCAGCGGGCUCAGAGCCUCCAGGAGACUGCGCACCAGGAGCUCGACACCCUCAAGUUCCAGCUGAGUGCCGAGAUCAUGGACUACCAGAGCAGACUUAAGACUUCCAGCGAAGAGUGCACGAGCCUCAGGGGCCGGCUUGAGGAGCAGAGCCGGCAGCUGCAGGCUGCCGAGGGGGCCGUGGGGAAGCUGAAGGCUGCCCGGGCUGACAUGGAAGAGAAGCUGAGCUGCAGCAGCAGCCGUCUUGCAGAGUGCCAGGCCACCAUGCUGAGGAAGGACAAGGAGGGGGCCGCACUGCGGGAAGACCUGGAAAGGACCCAGAAGGAGCUUGAAAAAGCCACAGUGAAAAUCCAAGAGUAUUACAAUAAGCUCUGCCAGGAGAUGACAAACCGGGAGCAGAAUGACCAGAAGAUGCUUGCUGACCUGGAUGACCUGAACAGAACCAAGAAGUACCUCGAGGAGCGGCUGAUAGAGCUGCUCAGGGACAAGGAUGCUCUCUGGCAGAAGUCAGACGCUCUGGAAUUCCAACAGAAGCUUAGUGCCGAGGAGAGGUGGGUUGGGGACACUGAAGCGAACCACUGCCUGGACUGCAAGCGGGAGUUCAGUUGGAUGGUGCGACGGCACCAUUGCAGGAUAUGUGGCCGCAUCUUCUGUUACUACUGCUGCAACAACUAUGUCCUGACCAAGCACAGUAACAAGAAGGAGCGCUGCUGCCGAGCCUGUUUCCAGAAGCUCAGUGAAGGCCGUGGCUCCCCUGAUAGCACUGGCUCAGGCACUAGCCAGGGAGAGCCCAGCCCCAGCGUGUCACCAGCCCACACUGGACCCCAGCCCACAGGAGGCCAAGGAGCAAACACAGACUGCAGGCCACCGGAUGAUGCUGUGUUUGAUAUCAUCACAGAUGAGGAGUUGUGCCAGAUACAGGAGUCCGGCUCCUCCUUGCCUGAAACACCCACGGAAACUGAUUCUCUUGACCCAAAUGUGGCUGAACAGGAUACCACGUCAAACUCGAUAACUCCUGAGGACACCGAAGACAUGCCUGUGGGGCAGGAUGCAGAAAUCUGCUUGCUAAAGUCUGGAGAACUGAUGAUCAAAUUACCCCUCACAGUGGAAGAGAUCGCCAACUUUGGGGAGGGCAGCAGGGAGCUGUUUGUGAGGUCCGGUACCUACAGCCUGAUCCCCGUCACCGUGGCUGAGGCAGGCCUCACCGUCAGCUGGGUCUUCUCCUCCGACCCCAAGAGCAUCUCCUUCAGUGUGGUCUUCCAGGAGGCUGAGGACGCGCCCCUGGACCAGUGCAAGGUCCUCAUUCCCAUGACCCGCUGCAAUUCCCACAAGGAGAACAUUCAGGGCCAGCUCAAGGUCCGCACCCCGGGCGUCUACAUGCUCAUCUUCGACAACACCUUCUCAAGGUUUGUUUCCAAAAAAGUGUUUUAUCACUUGACGGUUGACCGGCCUGUGAUCUACGAUGGCAGCGAUUGCCUGUAGCCCCAAGCACCGGGAUUUCAGCAGCUUCACUUCACCCAUAGGAAACACUACUUUUCCUCACCUGUCACGUAAAGGACAAAAAAAAAAAAAAAAAAGGCAGCUGCUCCAAAGCUCAUCCGCACUGCAGCUCUGGAAGAGGCCCCGGCUGCUGCUCAGAAUCCGUAUGGUGCACCCGUCACUCUCAGCCCCCGUCCCCACUGAUUGGGGACCCAGCGGUCCUCACACCCAGGGGCUGCUUUGCCGUCAGCCUCUCCUGGGACCACAGUUGGUCACAGGCCUGCAGAGAAUUUACAGGCCAGAGGUGAGCCCACCGUCUGCCCUGGGAAACAGACGCCCUGCUCUGCCCCAUGCAGGGCCCGGCAUCUGGUGACCAUGAGCCAAGUGCCCUGGCCACACCCUGUGAGUCCUCGGGCCGUGAGGCCCUCAGGUACUCCCAGGAAAAAGAAAGAGGCCCAGGGCCACCGUUCCAGUCAGGGUGCUGGGGUGCCCUCCUGAGAGCUCAGCAAGCCUCCUGCUGCCACGGGCCCGUCCCUCACUGCCCCAGUAAGUGGGGAGCUGCUCCAAGCUCAGCAAUUUUGGUGGAACCUCUAAGCUGCACCUUCCUCUUGACCCUUCUGUCUGUGGGGUUCCAUCCUCAAACAAAACCCUUCCCAGGCCAGGCCUCUCCACAGCUCAAAGCACUGCCCAAAGAGUCAGAACUGAAGAUAAUUUGAAAAACAAAAUGCACCCUACUGAGGGCCUGCGGUGGCUGUGUGUACACUACGACUAAAGCCCAAAUACUGGCCAGUGUUGACACCAUGACCGGAGAGCAGAAUUGUGCACUGGCCUUAGGGCUCACUCCUCUGCUGGUGGCCUGUCUUCGUUUAUAUAAAUAAGUGCUUCUGCCACACCUGCAGACACACGUUUACUAAUGAUCAUAACCAGGGUAAGAACCACUUGCAAAAACUGGGGCCUUCUUAACAAAAGUCUUUGGUGACUUAAGUAUCACAGCAACUGAGUAAACAGUGGCACACACAGUUAACAUGUGCGUGAUUGAAUCUUCAUGCACACACAGUUAACAUGUGCCUGAUUGAAUCUUCGUCCCCGACAGCCUAUAUACCCACUUCCUGCUGCUCAGCCUGCACCUGACAGCCAGGAGACAUUGCUCCUCGAGGCAGAGGGAUCCUGUUUCCUCUUCCUGAACAAGAAUUAGAUAAUCUUCCUGUUCUCUGUGGUCCUUUUCUUCUCCUACCACAGAGAACUCACCUUUGAUGGCCUCUUUGUCCCUUGUUCACAGAGCCACCUGCCUACACUCAGGCCCCAGAUACUUCCACAGGUGAGCCGAGCAUAUGACAAAAGGGCUCACUUUGGCCAGGGAUGAGGGAGAGAGCACUGACAGGUUGAAGAUCUGAGGGCCGGGCCUGGCUAUUCCUCCGGCCAGCCUUGUGACCCAGAACCAGUCACACCACCUCUCAGAGCUCCACUUUGUCAUUCAUAAACUUAGUCUGACCAAUUGUGAGGUCUGAGAAUAGGCCAGGGACUCCAGUGCAAGUCCAGCAGAGACCCCAAACCCACUGCAAACCAGCAGCCACAACCUCACCACCAGCAAAAAGGAUUCUCAUGGGCCCACAAGUAAGAGGAGACAAUUUCUUAAAUGGAUGCAGACCUUUAAUCCAGAGAGUUGGGCACUUCCAGUCAGUUUAAGCAGGGAAUGGGGGAUGGUGUGAACAGAACCUUCAAAGAGGCCCAGAGAAAAGCUGGACCUCUUGCGUUCUCUUUCUGUGGAGCAGCCUCCUCUGGUAGAAAGACAUCAGAUGCUCUAUCAUCUCCUCCUGGCCAAGACCCUGACUGUGCUUAGCACUGGAACAGAAAGCAGCCAGGCCCCCAGAGGCUCUCCCUAGCCUCAUGUUCAUCCUCACAGCCUGAUGAUUCAAGACCAAAUUAUCCUGCCUUUGAAUCUACCAUCUUGCAAAGGAUAAUCAGAAGUCAGCUUAUUCACUAUAAGAAAGAAACUAACAAAAGAGAACCCAGAGCAGUCUAGAAUCUUAUUUUAAGUGCUUAGUUUUCCCAGGAUACCUUGGAGACUCUGGCCAAGCCGUUGGCCUUCUGCUAGUGUCACCACCACCAUGUACAACAACCAGAACUCCAUUCAUGGAGUAGCUGAUGUGUUUGGGGCCUGUGAAGGGCCUGAGAUCCAUUCUGAACAUCUGUCACUCAUCACAGCAGGGGACCACUUGCAGCUUAAAAGCAACCUGGCUCUUAGAAACCAGCCCAGAACCAACCAUCCUUCCAGGAGAGCCAGGGCCUCUUGGUGCACCACCUCCAACAUCGACUGCUGUUGCAUGAGAAAGGCGUUUGCUGCAUCCAGAGGGCUGCUAGUGCCCCGGUGGUCACUUCCUAACUCUUUGGUUUCAUUCACAUAUUUAACUUCUGUGCUGGAUGGACAUUUGUACUUACUAGUUUACUGUUCAAGCUCAAGAUUGCUGUGCACUAUGCAGCUAGAGAACAUCUUGGCCUAUUUAAGUAUGGCUUUUAUAAAUAGCUUUAUUCUUAAACAGGUUCCCAGCUUUACCGAGGAUUGAGGACUGGGGUACCUUGAAAAAAAUGCAAAUAACAGUUGAAGAACCACUGCUGAAGGCGGUUGCCUGGCUAGACUGAAUUACACUAGAAGUAAGCAAGAUUGGGAUCCCAGAUCACUAUUUUCUUAAAUUAAAAAAAAAAAAAAAGCAGCCCUUCAGUGGCCCAGCUCUCUGAAUAACAGUCACGUUUUAGUAUUUAUACUAGCUGCCUUGUUCACGACUGCCACUGAACCACUUGUCACCUUCACCUGAGAACACACAACCUCUGUCUUAUCCACAAACAAGCAAGCAUGUUUGGCGUCGUGUCUCCAGGUCCGGGUGGACGCCACAGGGCACCUCCGACUUGAGCACACGGGACCCCACGAGCAGGCAGAGACACUUGCAAGCAGGAAUCUAGAACUGAAAAACCACAGGGUUUGGAAAGUAGAAAGGAAAAGCCACGUGAUACAACUCAGAGAUCAAUGAGAUGGUGUUUCUGAAAUUUUUCAAUUGUCACCUAAGGUGGUAAAGCCAUUCCAGGCCCAAAUGAAAGGAAAUCCCAUUUGGGGAUGAAAUCACAGUCUGCAUUUUAUGAUAUGGUUACAUGUCCACUGAGACAGUUUUAGAGGAGUUUCUUUUUUAAAAGUACACCUUGGCAGUUCUACAUGUGGAAAUUCUUUAGGCCAGGAAACCAUCCUUGGCUCUGAGAUGUUGGGAAUCAAAGUGUGGAGAAGCCAUCUGUGAUGCGUAGAACCAAGGCUCAUUGUCAAAUACACAAAGACCGUUGAGACAGCCAUUAAGGUUUAUAAAACACUUAACCAAAAACACACUUCUUAGUAAAUCCUUGGUAAAUUCUCAUUUCGUUGUGGUUCUUCCAAGGAAACAGAGAAGACUGAAUUCAUAACUCCUUUUGUCCCCUUAAACACUUUUAAAAUAAUAAAGUAUAUCUUUAAAUUUCGGGAGGCAUCUCUGAUAGAAAGGCUAACUUAGAACCUUAGGACGUGUUAUCCAGAGAUGCUCUGCCUCUGGUGGCUGCAGAGCAUCACCCAAGCCUCAGUUGGAAGGCUGAACAUUGGACUUGCACUUUAAUAGAUUAAUCCUCAAUUCGCGAGGCCUUAUGGGAUGGCAGGUCUGGGAACCCAAUUCAUUCUUAUCUGCCAAAGAAUUACCCAGAAGCACAUCAAAUACCACACCCUACCUGCACAUCGGGGGUGAGAAACUUUUGUAUCCCAAAACAUACUUUUAUAGUAUCUGCUAUGCCAUUCGGAAAUAUUCUAUUUUUUAACCUCAGAAUUUAAAUAAAGUGAACACUAUGACAUUUAAAGUGAA